UCCAACUACCACCACCAUGCAGGGCUCCAGCGACGACCUCGAGAGCCAGAAGUCUCAUGAGCGUCUUGUGCUUGAAUGGGAGAACGUCACCUUUUCAGUGAAAUCAAAGAAGAUUCUGCAGGACGUCUCGGGCAGCGUCGACUCCGGCGAGCUGCUUGCCAUCAUGGGUCCAUCGGGGGCCGGCAAGUCGACAAUACUUGACGUUAUCUCUAAGCGCACAUCUGCCACAUCAGGCUUGGUAACAGUAAAUGGCGAUGCUGGCGCAGACAUGAGUGCCCUCGCCGCGUACGUCGAGCAGAGCGACGCCCUCCUCGGCGUGCUCACCGUUCAUGAGACUAUUCGCUUUGCAGCGCGGCUAAGCCUUGACGCUACGACUCCCGCCGACGCCAUUAACGACCGUGUCGCAGCUGUCAUAUCUGAUCUGGGUUUGACAGAGGCGGCGCAAAAUCGCAUCGGUAAUGCUGUGCAGCGUGGCAUCUCGGGCGGCCAGAAGCGGCGGGUCACGAUCGGCUCCGCGCUAGUGACGAUGCCACGAAUAUUGCUUCUGGACGAGCCGACUAGCGGCCUCGACAGCAGGACUAGCCGGGAGGUCUUGACAGCGAUCAGGAACAUCGCUCGGAGGCAUGGUAUCAUCGUCAUCGCGAGCAUCCAUCAGCCCAACUGGGAGACUUUCGCUUUGUUCGACAAACUGCUUUUGCUGGCUCGGGGCAGGACGAUGUACUUCGGUCCGACCAAUCAGCUGGAUGCAUAUCUUCGCGAUGGAUUGGGCCAUCCGGUGCCGAUGCACGCUAACCCCGCCGACCAUGCGCUCGAGGUUACUAACACCGACUUUAUGUCGGACCCUGCGCGGCGCGAAGUGCACGUCGAUGAGCUCGCACAGCGGUGGACGGCCUACGCCCAUGCGAAUGGCCUAGGUCCGCGCGAAGAGGACGAACACGAGACGCUAACAGAACACAAUGGGACCGCACGGUACUUGACACGCGGAAAGAGGGGCUUCUAUGCUGCCGUCGCACGGAACGUUCAUCGUACUGGAAUCUUGAUGGAACGGAAUGUCAUCAAUUACAGUCGCAAUCUUCUCGCUUAUGGCGUGCGCAUCGGGAUGUACCUUGGCAUGGGCGUUAUGCUUGCCACUAUCUGGGUCAACCUUGCCCAGACGUCCGCUAAAGUGAACGAUAGGCUAUCGGUUCAUUUCUUCUCUGUCGCCUUUCUAGGCUUCAUGUCCGUCGCAGGCAUCCCAGCCUUCCUCGAGGAGCGCCAGGUCUUCAUGCGCGAACGCAUGAACGGGCUUUACGGUCCCGGUGCAUAUGUCCUUGCGAACUCAAUUGUGACGUUGCCAUACCUGUUCAUCUGUGUCCUUCUCUUCGCUGUCAUCUGCUACUGGAGCAUCGGGCUCAACCCUGGUGCGGAACACUUCUUCCGCUUCUUGGGCAUCUUGUUCCUGGCGGUAUACACCGCAGAGUCUCAGUCCGCUGUCGUCGCUGCCGCACUGCCCAUUUUCGUCGCCUCGCUCGCUAUCGCGUCGUUCCUGAACGGCUUCUGGAUGUCCGUCGGCGGAUACUUCAUCCGCGCGGUCAAUCUCCCCCGGUUCUGGUAUGACUGGGCGCACUUCAUCGACUUCCAGACGUACGCGUUCGACCUGCUCGUGUUCAACGACUUCCACGGCAUCACGCUCGGAUGUGCGACGCUCGCGGACGGGAGUUGCUUCUGCGACUACCCGAGCUCGCUGAUUGCCCAGGGGCAGUGUGCACUCGCUGGCGACGAUGUGCUCCGGGCCCUCGCCAUCCAGGGUAUCAGCUUCAAACUGUACGCCUGCAUCCUGCUCAUCAUUGCGCUGGUCUACCGGGUGAUACUUUAUCUCGUCCUGGUGCUGAAACGGCGGUAAAAGAUAGCUCUACACGUUCCCAUUAUGUCUUCUAUGGAACUUUACGGAUAGGCUGAAUCUCCACAUCACUACGGAUUUGCAAAAUGCUCUGGCACAUAUGUCGAAACGCGCAUUAUUUAUCUUGCAUUAGUCUACUUUACGUCGAUAAUUCAAACAAAUGGCAUUGUUCGCUUACUUGUGGGGCUCAAUGUCGCUCAUCGCCUUGUCUCCGCAAAAAUUCGUAAU